AUGAACAGAAAACCGAGCCGCCCUGGUCCUAGGAUCAGGAUAACGAAACCAGCGAAUCGUAUAAGAAAAUUCGAGGACCAAGUAAUUGGCCCAACUCAAACCGACGAGAGAAAAUAUAUCUACACAUGCCAGUAUUGUCGAAUAAAAUUUACUCAGAACAGUCAUUAUUUUCGACAUAUGACAUCGAAUCAUCAAGUGCAACAAAAGCAAGCGACAUAUGAAUGUAACGAUUGUCAGAUUGUGUUUUCUAAGAAGACGAAUUUAGAUAAUCAUUGCCAAACACACCAUCAAGCUAAGAGCAAGUCAAAAUGCGACAGCUGUGCUAUUACUUUCAAGUCGAGGUACUGUUUACGAAGACAUCUAAAACUGAAACAGCAAAUGCUUGAAAAUAAAUGUUUGAAAUGUCAGAAGACAUUUACUGAUCAAGACCAGCUAACCAAACAUAUAGAGAACAAGCAUACUUUCAAGAAUGUCACUUUUCAAUGUGAUUAUUGUGCGUUGAAGUUCAAAGUAAAAGAGUCUUUAGCGACCCACUUGAAUCGUAUACAUAAAAGAUUAUGA